UCAGCUGAGGGUCACGUGCGCCCGGCCAAGCUCUAGGCCGGAACUCGGCGCGGAAUCCGGCGCCUGCCGCUUGGUUGGGCUCAGGAUGCGCGGCGGGCAGGGCGCGGCGCGGGCCCCGGUGAUCCAGUUCACCAACUGUCGCAUCCUGCGGGGCCGGGCGCUGCUCAGGGAGGAUCUGUGGGUGCGCGGGGGCCGCAUUCUGGACCCGGAGAAGCUGUUCUUUGAGGAGCGGCGCGUGGCUGACGAGCAGAGGGACUGCGGGGGCUGCAUCCUAGCGCCCGGCUUCAUCGACGUGCAGAUCAACGGUGGGUUUGGCGUUGACUUCUCUCAGGCCACAGAGGACGUGGGUUCGGGAGUCGCCCUGGUGGCCCGGAGGAUCCUGCCGCACGGAGUCACCUCCUUCUGUCCCACGUUGGUCACCUCGCCACCGGAGGUUUAUUGCAAGGUCCUUCCUCAGAUCCCCGUGAAGAGUGGUGGUCCCCAUGGGGCAGGGGUCCUCGGGGUGCACCUGGAGGGCCCAUUCAUCAGCCACGAGAAGCGGGGUGCACACCCCGAGGCCCACCUGCGUUCCUUUGAGGCCAACGCUUUCCAAGACUUGCUGGCCACCUAUGGGGGCCUGGACAACGUCCGCAUCGUGACACUGGCCCCCGAGUUGGGCCGCAGCCACGAGGUGAUCCGGGCAUUGACGGCCCUUGGCAUCUGCGUGUCCCUAGGGCACUCAGUAGCUGACCUGGGCACUGCGGAGGAAGCCGUGCAGAGCGGGGCCACCUUCAUCACCCACCUCUUCAACGCCAUGCUGCCUUUCCACCACCGUGACCCAGGCAUCGUGGGGCUCCUGACCAGUGAUCGGCUGCCCCUGGGCCGCCACAUCUUCUACGGGAUGAUUGCUGACGGCAUACACACCAACCCUGCCGCCCUGCGCAUCGCCCACCGGGCCCACCCCGAGGGGCUGGUGCUGGUCACUGAUGCUGUCCCUGCCCUGGGCUUGGGCAAUGGCCGUCACACGCUGGGGCAGCAGGAGGUGGAGGUGGAUGGCCUGACAGCCUAUGUGGCAGGCACCAACACACUGAGUGGCAGCAUAGCCCCAAUGGAUACCUGCGUCCGGCAUUUCCUGCAGGCCACAGGCUGCAGCGUGGAGUCUGCCCUGGAGGCUGCAUCCCUGCACCCUGCACAGCUGCUGGGCCUGGAGAAGCACAAGGGGACCCUGGACUUUGGGGCCGAUGCAGACUUUGUGGUGCUCGAUGACUCUCUCCACGUCCGGGCCACCUACAUCUCGGGCGAGCUGGUGUGGCAGGCGGAAGAAGCCAGGCAGUGACUGAGGACCGCCGCUGGAGGGGAUGCCCAACCCCAGCUGGACACUGUCGGCUGGGCCAUCGAGGAACUGGUCUCCAGAGAGUGGUGGGGGCCUCGGCCCGGAGGCGGCUGGCUUGGAUAAACAUGUGCCCCGUCGGGA